AUGGCCAUGACCAAUGCCCCUUCUCAUUUGGUCUCCUCCUCCCCGUCCUCCUCCUCGUCCCUUUCCUCGUCGUCUCCUGUGGCCCUUCUCCGCUCGACCGGCACCGGCGCCCUGACCGUCGCGGCCAACCAUUCGCGGUCGAACCCGUGCAAAUACCGCGCCCAACCCCGUCCUCUUAACCCAUUGGUUGGCAGACCACCGCGACUGCUCGUGGAUCGACGCGGCCGUUUCCUUGCCCGCCUUUUAAACCGUGCACACGACGUCUUGAUCGCCUCCUGCGUGUCGCAGCCGCUCCCACCGCCCGUGUUGACGCCUCCACUGCUGCCGGGUGUCUGCCCCUGCUGGUGCCAUCUCGCGCGCGUCCCGGCAACGCUUCUGGAUAUGCUCCUUGCUCCGCCUGGCGGUUUGGGAGACCAAUUCGAGAUAGAGCAGCGAUUGGCUUUCUGGCAGAAGUUCAACAAUUCCGCUACAAGUCUUUGCAAAGGUAAAUCUGGUCACGUAACUAAUAAGCAUCGGGCUGAUAUUAGUAAAGGACCUUCCUUGAGAGGUGAUGUAGAAAACUUACGUGACGGUCGCGCAAGUACCAUUAGUCGGCUAAGAAUAAUACCGAAUACCUACGUGGAUAGCAGGCCCAUCCUUUGUAAGAGCCACGAACUGCGCGACUCCAGAGGGCGCGGUGAAACUUUCCUUCCCGAAGCUAAUGACCGCAUUCUCGGCGAAAAAUUUGACGAAUCGCGUCGUGUUGAAGCUCUCCGCCGCUGUGUAAAAGCUUUUGGAAAGGAAAAAUCAGCCCAUGUUCAUAUCCAGGUUAGUAUUAAGAAGGGAUCUGAUAUGGUUGAUUUUACUUAUAAAGGAAUGGCGCAAACGCGGGUUGAACACCAGUUUCAGCCUUUAAGCCGAAGAUUCAACGAUUCGAUAGGAGCGAUCUUUGUCUUUGGAAAUGCUUAUUUCAAUUGGAUUCCAGGGGCCAAUCCAUUGGAGUUUGAUUAUUAA